GUUUGGUACGCCAAUUAAAGAAGUUUCUCUUAAGCUCUAACCAUGGCACUUGUAACUAAUGAUUGGAGGAUUGACGUAUUGAUUGCCAUAUUCACUUUGUGCAUUUUAAUUUAUUACAAAAUUAAGAGCAUAUAUUCAUACUUCGAAAAGAGAAACAUCAAAUAUAUAAAAGGAAAGUUUUUGCUUGGAAGCGAUCCCGAUGUGGUAUUACUUAAAGUUCACGUCACCGAAAGUUGGGAAAAGAUAUACAAAAAACUCGAAAAUGAAAAAUAUGGAGGCUUUUACCAAGCAAUACUUCCUUCAAUUAUGCUCCGAGAUCCGGAAUACAUAAAUUUCGUUCUCAAGACCAAAUUUGAACAUUUCUACGACAGACAUUUUAUGGUGGACGAGAAAAGGAACCCUCUUGAUGAGAACCUAUUUUUUUUAAGAGGAAACAAAUGGAAAUACUUAAGAAGUAAGAUGGCUCCUCUUUUCAGUCAAGUUAAGUUGAAGUGGAUGUACGAACAAAUAGAUGAAUGUGUAGAUAUUUUUGAAGAAUGCAUAGACAAAUUAAGUGAUGGAAAGGAUAUAGACAUCAACGCUAUAUUGAAGAACUUUACUGCAGAUGUUACUGCCUCUUGCGGAUACGGAAUUGAACCUCAAGCUUCAAAAAAUCCUGACUGGGAGUUCUCAGAAGUUGGAAGAGAUUUUUUUGAUCCGAAAAAGAAGAACAUGUUAAUAUUUUUGUUGCGAUUGUCUAUACCUCAUGUAUUUUACUGGUUAAAAGUUGGAACAGUAACGAAUAAAGUAAGAAAUUUUUUCCUUUCCACAACAGAAAAGAUUUUGCAUCAGAGGAGAAGUACAGGAGUAGUACGAAAAGAUUUCGUCCAAUUACUUCUCCAACUGAAGGAAACAGGGACAGUUGAGAUAGAUUCUAGAGAAACAGAAAAAAAAAAAGUAGAUACUGAAACUUCUAAUGAGGUAAUAGAGUUGACAGAUAAUCUCUUAGCUGCACAGUCAUUUGCAUUUUUUUUGGCUGGAUAUGAAACUACUUCAAAUACAUUAUAUUUCACAUUUUAUUUCUUGGCAAAACAUCCAGAAAUUCAAGAAAGGGCCAGAAAAGAGGUGCAAGAGAUCAAAGAAAAAUACGGUCAAUUUACAUUCGAAUCCCUAAAGGAGCUAAAAUACCUGAAUUAUUGCAUUUUAGAGUCAAUGAGGUUGUAUCCAGCAGUACCAGGAGUAAUCAGAGAAUGUAUGAAAGAUUGCACUUUACCUGAUGGAACCGUCAUUGAAAAAGGAGUAACCGUAAUAGUGCCUAUUAAGUCCAUACAUCUAGACCCCAAAAAUUUUCCGGAACCUAUGAAAUAUAAACCAGAAAGGUUUGAAAUUAAGCCAGCCAGUGGAACCUACCUGCCUUUUGGAGAUGGACCAAGAAAGUGCAUAGGUGAACGAUUUGCUGAAGUUGUCAUGCUUUGUAAUAUGGCAAGAACAUUAGAAAAAUACAAGUUGGAAUUAAGUCCUAGGCAUGAGAAUGGGGAUGACAUUAAGCUUCAGCCAAGAGUUUUUUCUUUCAAACCUAUAAACGGACUGUGGAUAAGAAUUAAUAAACUAAAUGACAGCAAAUAGAUAUGUUAGUUUUCAUAAAACAAAAUGUUGCUAACUGUAGUUAUUUUAAAAGGAUUUCAGAAUUACAUCUCCUUUAGUUAUAAAUUGCAUAUUAUUAAUUCCUUGUAAGCAAAAGGAAUGUGAUUUGUGUAGUUAAUUUUCCAUAAUGUACCAAUAGGAUGCUAAAUUUUCAUUAAGUGAAUGACAUCCAUUUCCUUAAAUAGCUGAUAAGCUUAAGGAGAAAAUUUCACUUAUAUGGUUUCUAUGGUUCAAAAUUUGUAAUGAAUUAUAUGGUGGGCUAUUGUAUUUUUCCUGAUUACCGAACCAUUCGACACUAGCUUUAACCAUUUCUGCAAGAUACUCUUACUAUAAGUAAUAUUUUACGUAAUAUUAAAAAUACAUGAAUGCUCACAAUCUAUAAAUUCAUAGAAGUUGAAACUCUAAGAAAAUUGGAGAUGGCUGAAAUCAUUAAAUGAAAUAAAGAAAAUUAAUUUGAUAUUUUCCUAAACAAAGUGUCAAAAAAAAUAUUGCACAAACGUAUAACAUUAUAAUUUUUUUUUAAUAAAGAUUCGGUUAGCUACUACAGAGUUAUGUUCUUAGUCUUUCAAAACAUUAGGUCUUUUUAUUAUUUUAAUUGAAACUCUCUAUGACCUAUGAUAAAGCCUUAACUAAGUUGGACAUCCACUUAACCAAAGAAUAACUUUUAUGUUAAACAUGUUGUAGGGAUCCGGUUGUUUGGUAAUGCAAAAACCACUGGCGAACCAUGAGAAAUAACCUCCUAAAUAUAAUAAGCUUGUAUUUGAUUAUAAUAGUUGUUUAUUAGUGUAAAUAUAUAUUAUUAAAGG